AGUUGAAUUAUGAAUAGCGGUCUGUUGCGCUUUGCUAUGGUCAGUCAGGUUUGUAAACAGAAUGCCCUUUUGAGCAUAUAAAUCACCAAUAAAUUCAUUAGUCAGUCACAGUCGGUAUAAAAAUCUCUUUGUUUAGUGGCUUUGUUAACCGUUAUCGCUGCCCAUCGGGUGAGUGCGUAAAUAUUCAUCGACAUUGUAUUCAGUCAUCGAAAUUUCGCUGGAAUCUGCAACAAUAUGAAGAGCACUUUCAGUACCGAGCUGUUUUUAUUACUGAUGUGCGGUGUGUUUGGUGCUGAAACAGAUGAAGUGAAGUCAGUGUCAGUGAUGAAGGGGGGUUCUGUCACUCUAAACGCUAAUCUCACUCAAAUACAGGAAAUUAAUAAGAUAGUGUGGAGGUUUGGAGUUAAAGGUCCAAUCAUUGCUGACAGUUCUGAAAAUGUUACCUUGUCAAAUAACACUGAGAUAUUCAGAUACCGACUGCAGCUGAAUAAUCAGAAUGGAUCUCUGACCAUCAAGAACAUGAGAACCAAACACUCUGGACUUUAUGAAGUACAGAUCAACCACAACACUGGGACCUCAUAUAAUAAGUUCAAUGUUACUGUUUUUGUACCAGGUCUGUCUCCGGGUGCUAUUGCAGGAAUAUGUGUUAUUGUUUUGCUGGUGCCUGCAGCUGCAGCUGCUGUUGUUUUUUACUAUCGCAACAGAAUCUGUGAUCUACAGCAUUUAAUGGGACAAGAACCAGAGAUCUCUGAACAAAUGUUAAAAGAGAGUGCUGCUGUGACAGAUGAAGACACGAUCACUGAACAACUGUGCAAAACAUAUGAAGAGAAGACGGUGUCAGUAAUGGAGGGAGAAUCUGUCACUCUAAAAAUUGAUGCUGAAAUACAGGGAGAUGAUCAGAUCCUGUGGACGUUUGGACCUCAAGAGACUCUCAUAGCUGAAAUCAAAAGCGAAACCAGAGAGAUCACUACCUUUGAUGGUACUGAUGGGAGAUUCAGAGACAAACUGAAACUAGACAAGACUGCAUCACUGACCAUCACAAACAUCACAGCUGAACACAAUGGAGUCUAUAAACUACAGACCAGCAGCAGCAGAGGAACCUCGUUCCAAAGAUUCAUUGUAACUGUCAGACUUGUGAUGAUUUCAGUGAUGGAGGGACAAUCAGUCACUUUAUACCCUGAUAAUACUGAAGCACAGAAAGAUGAUCUGAUUGUGUGGAUGUUUGGAGAUGAAAACAAUCUCAUUGCUCAAAUGACUGGAAAGACCAGAGCAACAUAUGAAGGUACUGAUGGGAUAUUCAGAGACAGAUUGAAGCUGGACAAGAGGACUGGAUCACUGACCAUCAGGAACAUGAGAACCGAACUAUCUGGACUUUACAAACUACAGAUGAGCAGCAGCAGCAAAGGAACCACAAACAAGAGAUUCAAAGUUGUAAUAAAUUUGAAUAACGUGUCAGUGAAGGAGGGAGAGUCUUUGAUUCUGAAGACUAAUUCUGAAAUACGGAAAAACGAUAAGAUACUGUGGCUGUUUGGAGAUGAAAACACUCUCAUAGCUGAAAUCAAAGAAGGGAAUGGAAAGAUCUCUACAUUUGACGGCGUCGAUGGGAGAUUUGGAGGCAGUCUGGGGCUAGACAUUAAUACUGGAUCCCUGACCAUUAGAAACAUCACAACUGAACACACUGGAGUUUAUACACAGAAGGUCAUCAGCAAAAAAGGGACCACAAUCAAGAGAAUCAAUGUUGCUGUGAGAGUGAAGAUGAUUUUAGGGGUGAAGGGCAAGAAUGUGACUCUAAACCCUGAUACCGAAACACAAAGAGAUGAUCUGUUCCUGUGGAUGUUUGGAGAGGAAAACAAUCUCAUUGCUCAGUUGACUGGAGAGACCAAAGAGACCACAUACGCUGAUGCCGAUGAGAGAUUCAGAGACAAACUACAGCUGGACAAGAACACUGGAUCUCUCACCAUCAAGAACAUCACAACCGGACCUUAUAAACUACAGAUCGUCAGCAGCAGAAGGACCUCGUACAGGAAAUUCAGAGUUUUCAUUUGUUGUGAGUCUGGUCCCAAGAUAGUUUCAGCGAUGGUGGGAGAAUUUUUAAUUCUAAUCACUGACUUUAACAUAGAAAAAGGUGAGCGGGUACAGUGGAGCUAUCAAGAUAAAACCCUAGCAGCUGGAAUGAAUGGGGACAUCAGUAAGACUUCAUAUGGUGAUGUGAGAUUCAGAGGCAGACUGGAGCUGCAUCAUCAAACCGGAUCUCUGACCAUCAAGAACACCAGUACCAGUGACACUGGAGUUUAUCAACUAAACUUCCUCAGUGGAUCUGGAAAGAACAUUUGCUGGGAAUUCAAUGUCACUGUCUCUGAUUCUACAAUGAAUAAAUCAGCAAUUGUAAUGAUGAAUGGAGAGGCUUCUGAUUAAGUGAAUAUGCAGCAGAUGACAAGUUUAGUUUGAUGAAGUAAGAUACACCCACCAGUGUCAAUCAUUCUGAAGUCAACAACUGAUUUUUAUGCACCUCUAGAAUACAUCCAAUGAAAGUGAGAAAUGAACCUGUGCACUUCUUAAACUUGUAAAAUGUAAAAUGUUUUUCAGACGAAUUAGAAAAUGUUUUGAUGAAGCUUUCUUAA